CAGGAUACAAACAAACAGAUCAUAUUUGUCUUUGAAAUCUCAUCUCCUCUUUAAAAAGCCAUUAAAAAAUACCAGCAAUAUUUGUGUGAAGAAGAAGAAAAAAAAAAUUGAAUCCACAAAACAAAAAAGGAAAGAAAGAAAGAAGACAUUAAUAUCAUGGGAUCCAAAGAGCAAAAAAAAGCAUUGCUCAAUCAACAGUUGGAGCAACUCGGUUCAAUUACUAAUUCCCCUUCUGUGAAUAAGACAUCAAUCAUCGUCCAUGCAUCAAAGUAUAUAGAGGAAUUAAAGGAAAGGAUUGACAAGUUAAAUGAAGAUGCUUCAACUUCACAACCUUCUCAUGAUGACAACGAAGAUUCCUUACCAGAGGUUACAGUUGAAACCCUAGAAAAGGGAUUCAUAAUAAAUGUGUUUUCAAAAACGAAUUGCCCUGGUUUGCUAGUCUCCAUUUUGGAAGCCUUUGAAGAGCUUGGCCUUGAAUUAUUGGAUGCUAGGGUUUCUUGUUCCGAUAGUUUUCGUCUUGAAGCUGUUAGUGAUAACGAGGGACAGAUUGAACGCGUAGAUGCCCAAAUGGUAAAACAAGCAGUCUUGGAAGCUAUAAGGAACUGGAACCAACACAAAGAACAAGAUUAAUUUAAUCAGCUUUAGUUAUUUGAUCUCCUCCCUCUGUUCUUUCAACCCCCCCCCCCCCCCCCCAACCCCUUAAAAAACCAUUAAAUAAAAAAAAAGAAAUGUAACAAAAAGAAACAAACGAGGCAAAUAAGCAAAAAGGAAAAGUCUUUUUUGUAUCUCCUUCAUUUUGAGGAUUAAUAUUGUAAAGAUUUUAUGAAUA